CCACCCCAUCUCCCCCGCCCAAUCCCACCACCUCUCACUCCCACAAUGGCCUCCUCUCUCCACCUCUCUUCAAUCUCCACCGUCCGUCCCUCAGCCCAUCUCCGAUCUCCACCGUCCAUCUCCACCCCCUCCUCCUCCCUCAAACUCUCCUCCACCUUCCGCCCUCCUCCCCUGAAGCUCGCUCUCCGCCGCAGCCGCCGCAGCCGCCGCGGCGGAGCCGUCAUAGCCGACACCGCGGCAGCGAGCUACGCCAACGCGCUCUCCGACGUCGCCUGCAGGAACAACACUCUCGACACCACCAUGGCUGAUGUCGAGAAGCUCGGUCGCAUCUUCUCCGACCCCGAGGUCCUUUCCUUCUUCGUUAACCCCAUCAUUGCCAACGAGGAAAAGGAGAAGGUCGCUUGCGAGAUCGCCGAUUCCUCCUGCCUCCAGCGCCACACCGCCAACUUCAUCUCCAUUCUCAUCGACAUGAACCGCAUCGACAUCAUCCAGGACAUCGUCAGAGAGUUCGAGAACUGCUACAAUAGGAUCACCGGCACCGAGGUCGCCGUGGUGUCGUCGGUUGUGCAGCUCGACUCGCAGCAUCUUGCUCAGAUCGCGCAGGUCGUGCAGAAGCUCACCAAGGCCAAGAACAUCCGGCUGAAGACCGUCAUUGAUCCUUCUCUCGUUGCCGGGUUCACCAUCAGGUUUGGGAAUUCCAGGUCGAAGCUUAUCGACCUGAGUGUUAAGAAGCAUUUGGAUGAGAUCGCCUCGCAGCUCGACUUCUCUUCUAUCUCCUUCGCUUGAAAAAAGCGCCUAGAAGAUGAUCAACCUGAGUGUUAAGAAGCAACUGAAUGAAAUCACUUUGCAGCUCAACUUAUCCUCCAUCUCCCUCGCUUGAAAAAAAGGUGGCUUUUUUCCUCUGGUUGUUAUCUUUUUUGUAGCUAUGAACUUCUGUUAUGUGCUUAAUGUAAUUUGAGGUGCUGAGAAUUUCUCAGCUUUUGAAUUCUAUUGUUUUCUCUCUGCUACUAUUAGUAUUGAAAUGUAUAUCUUGUGCAUUUGUGGCAUUUGUUUC